ACCGGCCAGACAGAGUCUUCCUCUUAGUGCAGACGAGACACUGGAGUAACAUCGUUUAUUGGGAUUUUACCUGAAGUUUUUAUUUUAACAUACAAUCUAAAUACAUACAUAGAUUUAAACUGGACAAAUCUGGCUAUCUCAGAAUUAACGCAGAUCUUGAAAUAAGUCGAACUCUUAUUGUUGUAAUUUUUUGGAGCCAAAAUAGUGACUGAUUGCUUCGUGAAGUGGUUUGAAUUGUAACGGAAGGAGCCGAAAAAAAGCCUUAUCGAGAAAGUCGUGGUGUGGGAGGGACCACAAGGACAAAGCACAGGCAGAAGAGGCAACGUCUCUCUGGGAAGAAGGGAUAGGUGGCAUAUAAAUUGCCAGUGACAACUGCAGCUGGGAGAGGACAGAGAGAGAUAAACAUAUUUAGAAGUGCUUCAGAAAACUCACCAUGACUAUAACAGAGAUGAACAAAUUUAACAUUGCUCCCGAUGAUGACAGCAGCAGCACCAACAGCAAUGAGUACAACUAUCCAGGAAAUACUACCAUGAAAAAGGUUCCUAUCAGCAGUCAGUAUGUUGAUAUCGAUGCAGAAAGUCAAAAUUUUCUGCCAAAUUUGUACUAUGGAAAAAAGAAAUUUGAAGAAGAAUAUAGGGCUGGGAAUACAUCAUUUGGAAUUUCUGCGUUUAAUCUCAGCAAUGCGAUCAUGGGUAGCGGCAUUCUUGGCCUGGCAUAUGCCAUGGCUAACACUGGAAUUGCACUUUUUGUGAUCCUUCUGAGUGCUGUGGCAGUGUUUUCAUUAUAUUCUAUACAUCUUUUAUUGAAGACUGCAAAAGAAGGAGGUUCACUGGUCUAUGAACAGCUGGGACUCAGAGCAUUUGGGUUACCUGGGAAAUUGGCAGCAUCUAUUUCAAUCACAAUGCAGAACUUUGGAGCUACAUCAAGCUACCUCUACAUAGUGAAAUACGAGCUACCAAUAGUCAUUCAAGCUUUCCUGGGACUUGAGGAAAAAACUGGACAUUGGUAUCUGAAUGGUGACUACUUGGUCCUCUUGGUGUCUUUCAUCAUAAUUCUUCCUUUGUCUCUUCUGAAGAACCUAGGGUACCUGGGCUAUACCAGUGGAUUGUCUCUUCUUUGCAUGUUGUUCUUCCUAAUAGUUGUUAUUUAUAAAAGUGCUCAUAUCCCUUGUCCAUUGCCUGAUCUGGAGCAAGGUCUCGAAAAUGCAACCUUGAACGCCACCUUAAUGAUGACUGCAACAGCUGCAUAUAAAACAGUUACAAGUGGAUCUGACACUGCUUUAACAUACAAUGCAACAGACGAGGACACCUGCAAGCCAAAGUAUUUUAUCUUCAAUUCACAGACUGUCUAUGCUGUACCAAUUCUGACAUUUGCAUUUGUCUGCCAUCCUGCUGUUCUUCCCAUCUAUGAAGAACUGAAAGACCGGUCCCGCAAGAAAAUGCAGAGGGUUUCCAAUGUUUCAUUUCUGUUUAUAUUUAUUAUGUAUCUGGUGGCUGCUCUCUUUGGUUACCUGACCUUCAAUGAAAAUGUUGAGCCAGAAUUGCUUCAUACUUAUUCAAAAGUGUACCGAUUUGAUGUUGUCCUCCUUAUUGUUCGGCUGGCUGUACUCAUCGCUGUCAUUCUGACAGUACCAGUUGUUCUAUUUCCAAUUCGUACCUCUGUUCAGCAGCUGCUAUUCUCAAGCAAAGAAUUUAGUUGGAUACGUCACAGUAUAAUCACUGUUGUAAUUCUGGGUUCCAUUAAUUGCCUGGUGAUCUUUGUUCCCACCAUUCGAGAUAUCUUUGGGUUCAUAGGUUCCUCUGCUGCUGCGAUGUUAAUCUUUAUACUGCCUUCUGCAUUUUACCUCAAACUUGUAAAGAAAGAGCCUAUGAAGUCAGUGCAGAAGAUUGUGGCAUUAAUUUUCCUCAUCAGUGGCAUAUUUGUUAUGAUUGGAAGCAUGACCCUCAUCAUUCUUGACUGGGCCCACCAUGCACCAUCCAGUGAUGGGCACUAAGCUGCGACAGAAAUAAACCACGUACUCAACUGAAAGGAAAGAAAGGCAUUUACAAAUUCUUCUCCGAAAGUACCAUCACGAUAUUUAUUUUACCCCUCCAAAAAUUCCAAGUGAUCAGGAAGGCAGACUUCAUGUUCGCUGCCUUUCUGGAAGAUAGGAAUUCUUUUCCAAAGAGUAGAUUAUUUAUAUUAUAGUCAUUAUUGAGUAAUGUGGGAUCCAAGCAGUAAUAAAACCAUUCCUAGAGAAUGGAAUAAUUGGUGUACAAUAUGUAUUUAUAAGGCCAUGUGCUUAGCAGAACAAAAUGUUACAGACCCUUUUAUUUGUAGAUACAGUAUCUAAAUUCCUGUAGGUGUGCCUGAAUAGUUCACUGUAUAUUGGUAGGUUUAAAAAAAAGUAGCACGUAAACAUAUAAUAAUAUUUUUGACCUUUUUUAAAAAAAGGCUAUAUGUGGAUAGAGACUUGACUAGUUCAAUUUUAAGACAUUAAUCUGAAUCUUUAGUUGAGAGUUGUGUUUACUUCAGUUCAGAAUGUACUAUUUAUAAAAAUAACACAUUGACAAAUUCAGGUAAGACACAAUGGAAAAGUCUUACUCUGAAACAGCCCAGCUUAUCUGAAUGAAGUGCUCAAACUUCCCUUAAUUGGCAAGGCACAGACAAUUGGAACUUAAGGAAACAAUGUAUAGAAUUAAGCAUGUUAUCAUGCCUUGUCAAAAAAUUUAGCAUGUUCAGAGUAUUUCUGUGAAGCUGGAUUCUCUUGUUUAACAAUGCUGUUUGUUACAGUGCUACCAUGUGUAUAAGUAUGAGAAAAUUAGUGUCUAGAAUCCAAAUUAACAAAGUGACUGAAAUAGAUAUUGAAUUUUUGAAAUAUAUUUCAUACUAUAUGUUCAUUACAGUUGCAGCGCUUAUUCAGAUCUGCCAGGUAUUCAAUUUUGUAAAGAUUAAUCUGUCCUAUAUAACUUUCCAGCUUGCUGUCAGCAGUUGCUGGACAUGUGAAUUAGGUGGGAGAAGAGUCUGUGGUGUGCCAUUUUGUAUUCUGCUAACAAACAUCAGCAGUACACUCUGUAGUACCUAUAUUGAAUGCUUCACAAAGUGCACUCGUGACAAUGCAUGAGCAGACAAAACACCACUACAUUGUCCCUUCUAUAUCACAUGUCUGAAACCAAACAACAAUUGUUGGGAACUAAAAUUGUGUUAUUGUAAUGAACAAUAUGGUACCUUUAUCAACAACUGAAGCUGAAAACAUAACAUUAAACUAUUCACUCUCUGCCCCUUUCACAUAUUCCUCUGCCAUCUAUCACUAUUAUUGAUAAAUGACAACAAAGUAGUGGAAAAAUGGCAACAGUAGAAGUUAGAAAGAGGGACCUAAUAGAAAAUACAAAACACAUUAAAAGUAAUAUUGUAUUUCAGUAUUUGCCUAUCAAACUUUACUGAUUUUCUGCCUCCCAGUGUUGUAUUGUUACCCUGCUGUCACCCUGGUUACUUGAAAGAAAACUUACACUUUGUGCUUCCUAUGACAGUCAACUGGCUAUGAUGUGUUUUUUUUAAUUUGCUAUUUGUCAUGGAAUAUUUAUAGACCUGGAGGAAAUCAGUAUAAUUUAACAUAUUUAUGACCAUGUAAAUAUAAAUGUAUAUAAUCUUGGAUAAUGUGUACAUAUAUUGUCAAUAUUUAAGAGGUGUUAUGGUUCCAUGAAGUCCUUAUGUGAGCAGUUAAUGGACUCUUUAUUAAAGUCAGCAAAAGCUCCAACAAAGGCUGUUUGAAGAUUUUCAGCUGACUACUGGUGGAAGGAGCUCUGUUUCAGUGCUUUGCUCAAUGUAAGCUUGUCUUAACACAAUGUUAAGUGCUAAAACAGUGUGAUCAUGCCAAAAUGGUGAAUGAACUGGCACAGUCUAACUGUAAUAAGUGACUGAACAGUUGCAAGUUCUGAGUUACUGGCCACUUCUGUCAAACAGAACCUUAGUUGUUCAAUCUUCAAACCAUGUCUGAUGGAAAAGACUUGAGUAAAUUGUACUGAAUGAAAAUCAAUAAUAUUUGAAGGGUUUGUUGUUAGACAACGUGAAACAUGCUCUUUCUUUUAAAAAAAAAUGAAACACUGGCCAAUUGAUAAGAUGAUUUUUAAUAUCUUUGGGGAAAAUGUUACAAAAUGUAUAAGGAUGAAUUGUGACAUACCACUGAAGUUCAUGUUUGAAAGAUAAAUGCCAGAACUUCAGCUAAAAAAGCUUGUGCAUUGAUAUUGCUUGUAUAAUUCACCUUAAAUAUUUCUAUCAGUGCAAGCAUGCAGUGCAGAAAGCUUAUAAAGCAUGUCUGCUGCUUUUAGCCUAUUCUUUUAUUUAAUGUGGGUAGUAUGCCCUCAUGUAUGUUGCUUUUUCAGACACUAAUUAAAGCUUUCCCUGACAUUAUGUAAAAGUCACCUUGUAUGUACAUUUCUAUGCCGUUAACUGUGAAAGGCUGACAAUGUGGAUGGAGGGACUUUGGUUGUUAACAAAGAGAGUCCAUUAUUGCCAAUGCUACAUUCUUGUUUCAAUGAAACACUGAUUGUACUGUACAUAUUGUAAAUAAAGUGAUACUCUGAAACAGUUA